AUGUUCCUGACUCAACCUAAACAGCCGGCCACAACGCCGCCGCCUGCCCCACCGCCGGCAACCCCUCUUGACUGUGGCCAGCAGGGACACAUCUCUUCCCAGUGCGGCAUGGAGGCCCAGCCCAAGACUUGCUACAAGUGCAACGAGACCGGCCACAUCAGCCGUGACUGCCCCACCAACCCUGCCCCUGCUGCUGGCGGACCCGGUGGUGAGUGCUACCGGUGCGGUCAGCACGGCCACAUUGCUCGUGCCUGCCCUGAUGCUGGCUCUAGCUCCCGUGGUGGUUUCGGCGGUGCCCGUGGUGGUCGCAGCUGCUACAACUGCGGUGGUGUCGGUCACCUUUCCCGUGACUGCACCUCCCCUGCUGGCGCUGGUGCUGGUGCUGGUGCUGGUGCCGGUGGCCAGCGUUGCUACAACUGCAACGAGUCCGGCCACAUCAGCCGCGAGUGCCCUAAGCCUCAGACCAAGAGCUGCUACCGCUGCGGCGAGGAGGGCCACAUCUCGUCCGCCUGCCCCCAGGUUGCUGCCUAA